AUGGCGAGAUUCUUAAACGGAUUAAGACCCGAUAUUGCUGAACGAGUGGAACUUCAACACUAUAUAGAGUUGCAUGAGCUUGUUGACAAGGCCAUUAAGGUCGAGCAAAGGCUCAAGAGGAGGGGUACUACUCGAUCGAAUUUUGGCAAUACCACCUACUCUACCAACCACCCAUUCGAACCACGAAAAGAUUCUCGGCUUUCGCCAAAUGCUCCUACACCAAAGCCGAGAUUCGAGGGAGGUAAGGUGGGCAAUUCUAGUGUUGGUAAACCACCUUUUUCUACUCCAAAAUUUGAGGAGCCUAGGGUACAAACUAGAGCUCGUGAUACUCGAUGCUUCAAAUGCCAAGGUAGAGGCCAUAUUGCUAGUCAAUGUCCCAAUCAAAGGACUAUGAUUAUGAUAAAAAAUGGCGAGAUCCUGAGUGAGGACGAAGCCGAGUACGAAGGCAUGCCACCCCUUGAAGGAGGUAGUGAUGUUCCUAUACAGGCUAGUCACAUUAUACUAGGUAGGCCGUGGCAAUUUGACAGGCAGAAGUAUGAGAAGUAUUGUACAAAAAAGAAAGAAAAUGUAAGCGUCGAGGCAAAAGGAGAGAGAAAAAAGGCUAUCGAUAGCUCAGCAAGUGAGGUAAAAUCCGAGAGAAAACGAAUGCUCCUGAUAAAAGCCAAAAAAGUGAGAAAGUUAAUGAGAGAUGAACAGUCACUUCUUAUGCUUGUUAGCAAAGAAGUAGCUCUGAAUGUGCAUGAACUUGAUACUGACAUACCUCUUGAGGUUAAGUCUCUUUUACAAGAGUAUGCUGAUGUCUUCCCCGAGGACAUGCCAAGUGGAUUGCCACCACUUAGAGGCAUUGAGUAUCAAAUUGAUUUCAUCCCUGGAGCAUCAUUGCCAAAUCGUCCAACUUACAAGAGCAACCCGGAGGAGACUAAGGAGUUGCAAAGGCAAGUGGAUGAGUUGCUUGGUAAAGGAUGGACACAUGAGAGUUUAAACCCGUGUGCUAUUCCAAUCAUUCUGGUGCCCAAGAAAGAUGGUACGUGGAGAAUGUGCACCGAUUAUAGAGUUGUAAAUGCCAUUACAGUAAAGUAUCGCCACCCUAUAUCUCGCUUAGAUGAUAUGUUUGAUGAGUUACAUGGGGCUGUGUUCUUUACCAAAAUUGAUCUCAAAAGUAUUGGAUUUGGAGCUAUGUUGAACCAAGGGGAGAGGCCUAUUGCCUAUUUUAGUGAGAAACUCAAUGGGGCUGCACUGAACUACUCCACUUAUGAUAAAGAGUUGUAUGCCCUCAUUCGAGCACUACAAGUGUGGCAGCACUACUUAAGACCUAAGGAAUUCGUGAUACACACUGAUCAUGAAUCUCUUAAGUACCUUAAGGCCCAGCACAACUUGAGCAAGAAGCAUGCAAGGUGGAUUGCAUUCGUGGAGUCAUUCCCGUACGUGAUUAAAUACAAGGCUGGUAAGUCUAAUGUGGUUGCGGAUGCACUCUCACGAAGGUACUCUCUAAUCACUUCGUUAGAUGCUAAGUUGUUAGGAUUUGAGCUAAUUAAAGAGCUCUAUGCACAAGAUAGUGAUUUCGGUGAGCUAACAUUUCUUACAAACACACCGGGCAAGGAACACUUCUAUUGGCCGCACAUGAGGAGAGAUAUUGCACGGGUGGUAGAGUGA